AUGUCAUCGCCUAGAGUUCCCAACGGUGAUACCAACGGUACAACGUUCAAGUCGCCUACAUCGCCGCAUACGGUUAUCUUAGGGAGUGGCAUUAUUGGACUCAGCGCUGCGUACUUUUUGUGCGAGAGUGGGAAUACAAAACCAGAGUCGAUAUGUCUGGUGGAUAGUAGUCCUGAACUGUUCCAUUGCGCAAGCGGACUAGCGGCGGGGUUCUGUGCGAAGGACUGGUUCGCACCAUCCGUAGCAUCACUCGGCACGCUUUCGUUCGGACUGCACAAGACUCUCGCGGAUAAAUAUCAAGGACGACAGACAUGGGGAUACUCGCAAUCAACUGGCAUUUCGCUGUCCCAGGACUCCGAGUCUGCUAUCUCGGGGUCGGGAGAGGAUUGGCUUGAGAACGGGACUAGUCGCGCACAACUCGCCAACCAUAACCGACCGUGGGAAGAAGACGUAGCUGGCCCAGAGUGGUUGAGGAGAACAAAAGAGGGCAUUAUGGAAGUCAUCUCGAGAGACGGGACGACGGCGCAAAUCGAUCCAUUUAGGUUCUGCAAGUGGUUGAAGAGUAGUGUUGAGGAGAGGGGUGUAAGGGUGAUACAUCCAGCGAUGGCGACAGAAGUACUACGAGACGCAAAAGGCGUGUUGAGCGGGGUGAGGAUUGUGGGAAGUCAGGACAAGCAGUUGCACGACCCAGUACCUUGCACACGCCUCCUCAUCACCUCCGGCGCCUGGUCGCCCCGCGUCUUCUCGACCCUCUUCCCCAAUGCACAAACCCGUAUCCCCGUCUCCUCGCUCGCCGGCCACUCGCUACUCGUGCGCAAUCCAUUCUUCAACCCCCAAGAGCUCGACAAGGAGGUCUGCCACGCAGUGUUUGCAACAGAUACACUGGGCUUCUCGCCAGAAUGGUUUGCGCGGAUAGGCGGCGAGCUGUAUCUUGCUGGGCUGAACAGCACGAGUAUACCGCUGCCGGAUGUGGCGACGGAUGUUGUGGCGAGUGAGAAGGCGAUUGAGCAACUGAAGAGCUGUGCGAGGGCUAUGAUGGUGGAUAAUGGGGCUGGACGGGAGAUUGAGGUGCUACGGCAGGGACUGUGUUUUCGUCCUGUAACGUCCAGCGGUCGUCCCCUUGUAUCGCGUAUACCUGAUGAGAAGCUUGGAGGGGUAAAGACGAGGGGUGGAGGAGAUGGGGGGGUAUUUAUAGCAGCAGGGCAUGGCGCGUGGGGUAUCUCUCAUGCGCCAGGUACGGGACUGGUGCUAGCAGAGCUGAUGGAGGGACGACCGACAAGUGCAAAGGUCGAGGCAUUGCGGCUGCCUUCAUGA